ACCCGGUCCAGAACAAGGAAUAUAGCCCAGCAAGGCCCUUAAGAGGUCUAUUUCUCAUAUUGCUUUACUGCUGCUAACCGAUUGCUCUUCCUCUUUCGAAUCUUUUUUGACCGAGAUGCCUCGAUUCCUCAAGUCUGGAAAGGUUGUCGUUAUCCUUAACGGCCGUUACGCUGGCAAGAAGGCCGUCAUCGUGAAAAAUAGCAAUCCAACAACUGCUUUUGAAUCAUCGUUUACAUUUCAAUGGAGUGCGAAGGGUUAUGGCUGGAAGGCGAAGGCGUCUUCAUCAACUAGUACGGGAGCAGAAACAAUGAAGGAGCAGACGUUACUUGAACAGCAUACGGGAUCUAUAAGCAGCGCUCUGGAUCGCUUCAAGGAAACACACAUUUUUUAUAGUUGUUCAUGAGGGCACCAACAUCUUUUAGGGUUCAACUAUGGGUCAAAACCAUCUUUCAGCAAUCCAGACAACUGUCGACAUAUACCGCAGCCACAGAGCGAUAUUUUUUCUUGGGUUGUUGUAAUGGAGACGCCUGAGUGAAAGGAGAACUUCGGG